AUGUUCUCGUGGAUCGCGUCGAAACCGGCGGCGAAGGAGGAACCGCCCAUUCCCAAGAGCUUCGACCCGCUCAAGGGGCUGGGCGGAGCCGUCGCAUUUUACAAGGAUGUCGAUUCUCAGGCCGCCGAUGCUGCUGGAUCAGGCAAGCUGAUUGGCUCCGCUGCUGCUUUCUACGCCAAUGUUGCUCGCGAACGUCUGCUAGAAGCAGCUGACGCGGCUGUGCCCGCGGGUUCGAAUCCCAGCGCUGGCAAUAAUUCAACAGCCGAAAUUUGCCCUGGCGUUGGCGAAAUCAACGAGUUCCUGCGACGGGGGCGACGCUGCAUUGACUCUGUCGCGCCGUCGCUGGCUGAUGCGGGGGAAGGCAAGGCGGAGGGUGGUUCCUCCGUGCCUGCGCCGGAGCUGGACUUGAGGUUCGGGAGCGCGGCUGAGGAGCCGGUUCGGUGGCUGUUCAAAGUGGUGAUUGGCAGCGAGCAUGCGGAUCUGGACGUGAUGGUCUCGGCCAUCGUCUACUCCUUCUUCCUGGAUCACUCAGAGCCGCCCAGCGCACUCCUUCCCCACACACUAUCCUCCAAUCUGUACGCGAUCGUCUCAGCCAUCGUCUACUCCUUCUUCCUGAAUCACUCAGAGCCGCCCAGCGCACUCCUUCCCCACACACUAUCCUCCAAUCUGUACGCGAUCGUCUCAGCCAUCGUCUACUCCUUCUUCCUGAAUCACUCAGAGCCGCCCAGCGCACUCCUUCCCCACACACUAUCCUCCAAUCUGUACGCGAUCGUCUCAGCCAUCGUCUACUCCUUCUUCCUGAAUCACUCAGAGCCGCCCAGCGCACUCCUUCCCCACACACUAUCCUCCAAUCUGUACGCGAUCGUCUCAGCCAUCGUCUACUCCUUCUUCCUGGACCAUUCAGAGCCUGCCAGUCCUCCUCUCCCCCCCUUCUCCCCUUCCCCCCCUUCCCCCCCUUCCACCAGACUUGGAUGCAAUCGUCUCGGCCAUCGUCUACUCCUUCUUCCUGGAUCACUCAGAGCCGCCCAGCGCGCGGGCGGCGGGGCUUUGUCUGCUUCCUCUAGUGCACACGAGCCGGGCGGAUUUCCACCUCCGCACCGAUGCAGCGUGGCUGCUGCAAGCGAUGGGCGUUACCAUCGGGUAUCAACAGAGGGCAGGUCGCUGGUGCACACGAGCCGGGUGGACUUCCACCUCCGCACCAACGCUGCAUGGCUGCUGCAAGCGAUGGGCGUGGUGGACACACACGCUCUCUUGUUUCUUGAUGAGGUGAGGGGGGUCUGGAUACCAGGUUACUGGGUCACCAGCACAGCACGUAUCCACCUUCGCACCAACGCUGCGUGGCUGCUGCAGGCCAUGGGGUUGGACACACAGACGCUCAUGUUCCUGGACGAGGCAAUGGGGGUGGACACACAGGCACUUCUCCUCUUGGACGAGGUGAGAGGUUCUUUCUUGCCAACAGGUUACUGGGUUACCAGCACGUAUCCACCUCCGCACCGACGCGGCAUGGCUGCUGCAGGCCAUGGGGGUGGACACACAGGCGCUCUUGAUUCUUGA